CAAACCAAAGAAGCAGCAAAGAAAACUCUGGCACUCCGCUUCCUUCCUCAUGAAUUCCGCCAUCUCUUCUCUAAUCUCUCCCUAUAUAAACCCUAACCCUAAUCCUAAUUCCUCAUCUCCACAGCAAUGGCCUCCGCUUUCCCUCUUGCCGGCCGCACCGCCAUCGUAACCGGCGCUUCCCGCGGCAUCGGCCGAGCUAUCGCACUCCACCUCGCCUCUCUCGGCGCCAACCUCGUCAUCAGCUACUCCUCCAGCUCCUCCGAAGCCGAACUCGUCGCUGCUGAGAUCAACGCCUCCUCCACUCCCUCCCAACCCCGCGCCGUCACCGUCCGCGCCAACAUCUCCAUUGCCGCCGAUUGUAAAGCCCUCUUCGACCAUGCCGAGAAGGCGUUCGACAAAAUGCCCCACAUAAUCGUCAACAACGCUGGCACACUCGACUCCACUUACCCGACCAUCGAAGCCACUCUCGAAUCCGAAUGGGACAACACCUUCAACGUCAACGCGAAAGGAACGUUCUUGUGCUGCCAGGAGGCGGCGAAGCGGCUGGUGCGCGGUGGUGGCGGGAGGAUCAUCAACUUCUCAUCGUCGCUGGUGGGAUUGAACCUUCCGCGUUACGGCGCAUACAUUGCAUCAAAGGCGGCAGUGGAGGGGUUUACGAGGGUGCUGGCGAAGGAGCUGAAGGGGACGGGGAUCACAGCCAACUGCGUGGCGCCAGGGCCGAUAGCGACGGAGCUGUUCUUUGCGGGGAAGAGCGAGGAGGAUGUGAAGAGGGUUGUGGAUAUGUGUCCGAUGGGGAGGUUGGGGGAGACGAAGGAUGUGGCGCCCGUGGUGGGGUUCUUGGCCACCGAUGCGGCGGAGUGGGUCAAUGGCCAGGUUGUGAGGGUGAAUGGUGGCACCGUUUGAGCUUCGGCAUUUCGUCGAACGUUUGAUGUUAGUGUUUAAUCUCAGAAAGAAA